UCUCCAUCUCAACUUCAAGAAAAACAAGAAAUCAAAACAAAAAUAUCUCCCAAGCUCCUUCUCUCCCCCUCCCCGAGCUCCGACAAACCCUAGCCCCACCCAUCCACCGCCAUGGACGUCGCCUGCCUUCGAGGCCUCAGCUUCUCUUCCCCCAUCCCCCACUUCCCAAGACCUCCAUCUCGCCUCCGCCGAUGCUCUCGACGGAGCCCUUUGCUCGCCUGCCAGGCUGAUACCCUCAUUGCUGGCUCUCGCAAGGAGAGGAGCUCCCGGGCCGUCAAGGUCGACAAGGGAGCUGAUACUUUGGAUCUCCAGUCUUGGCUUGUCAGAGAAGGCCUCCCGCCUUGCAAGGUCGUCCUCAAUGAACGGCCAUCGCAUGACGGAAAAGUCCGCCCCAUUCACUACAUCGCCGCCAGUGAAGACCUUCAGGCUGGUGAUGUUGCGUUCUCGGUCCCGAAUUCGUUGGUUGUGACAUUGGAGAGGGUUUUGGGAAAUGAGACAGUCGCGGAGCUGCUAACGACAAACAAGCUCUCAGAGUUAGCUUGCUUGGCAUUAUAUCUCAUGUAUGAGAAGAAACAGGGCAAGGAGUCCUUUUGGUAUCCCUUCAUCAGGGAGCUUGAUCGCCAGCGAGGACGGGGGCAAUUAGCGGUUGAAUCUCCACUGUUGUGGUCUGAAACUGAGCUGGCUUACUUGGAUGGCAGUCCCACACGGGAUGAAGUCCGUGAGCGGGAAGAGGGUAUAAGGAGAGAGUAUGAUGAGCUUGACACAGUCUGGUUCAUGGCUGGUUCGUUGUUUAAGCAAUAUCCUUAUGACAUACCUACUGUGGCCUUUCCAUUUGAGAUUUUCAAGCAAGCAUUUGUCGCAGUUCAAUCCUGUGUUGUCCAUCUGCAGAAAGUCAGUUUAGCUCGACGGUUUGCUUUAGUUCCUUUAGGGCCACCCUUACUGGCCUACAAGAGCAAUUGCAAAGCAAUGCUAACUGCUGUUGACGAUGCUGUUCAACUGGUGGUUGACCGCCCAUACAAGGCUGGGGAAUCAAUUGUUGUAUGGUGUGGGCCACAACCAAACUCAAGAUUGCUUAUAAACUACGGAUUUGUUGAUGAAGACAAUCCUCAUGAUCGUAUAUCAAUUGAGAUAUCUCUAAAUACUGAAGAUCCUCAAUAUCAAGAAAAGAGAUUGGUUGCUCAGAGAAAUGGAAAGCUAGCUGUCCAAGUUUUUAAUGUAUACGUGGGAAGAGAAAAAGAAGCUGUUUUAGACAUGCUUCCUUUCUUGCGCUUGGGUUAUGUGUCAGAUCAUGCUGAGAUGCAGUCAGUUAUUUCUUCUCAAGGUCCUAUUUGCCCUGUCAGUCCUUGUAUGGAACGUGCAGUUUUGGAUCAGCUCUUGGGUUAUUUCGAAGCAAGGCUGGCUGGAUAUCCCACAACACUAUGUGAAGAUGAGGCUAUGCUAGCAGAUGGCAACUUGGACCCAAAGAAACAUGUUGCUCUCCGGCUUUUAAGAUCAGAGAAGAAAAUGCUAAGUGCUUGUUGUGAUGCUACUGUUCAACUCAUAGACCAAUUGCCAGAUCAUACUGUUUCUCCCUGUCCUGCUCCUUUUGCCCCUCAAUUCAAUUGACAGUUCUUUGCAAACCAGCAAAUCCAACCAAUUUUCAGCCAUGAUCUUGUAAAUCAAGCGGAUCGUAGUUUCAUUGUGUCUGUUCAGCUAAUUGCCGCAGUGGAUGCUGGACAAGUGGUUAUUGGUUGCAUUUGAUCCAUGAGUCAGUAUUUGUUGAUAGGGAGUACAUUGGCCCAACCUGCAGGACAUGGAAUGAUGAAUUGCAGCAGCUGGGUUGCCUCUCUGGUUCAGAUUAGUUUGAAACUAGUGUUUGUUGUUACAAAGGAGUUGGUGAUGGGUGACUAUUUUUCAGCUUCGCGGCUAGAUCUAGUGUGUAACCUUUUUGUAAAGCUCAUUCUAUAUCGGAGCCAUCUAUUUUCAUUAUAUUUUAUAUAUAUUUUUUUUAAAUGAAUAUGAAUGAGUGAGUGAAUGUGUCA